CUGCGUCAUCUCCGGAAAUCAGCUUCUUAUGUUAGACGAGGAAGAGGUCCACCCGUUAUUGCUUCGGGAAAGAAGGCACGAGCCUUCCUCGAGGACCAAGUUGCUUCGCCGGACAGUCAGCGUCCCGGUGGAAGGGAGGCACGCUGAUCACGAGUAUCACCCCGGUCGGCCUUCACGCAGGAAGAGCAUACCCGGAGGGAAGCAGCUGAGCAUGGACGCUGUGACGUCUGCACCCUUCCGGCCUACACAGGGAUUUCUGAGCCGAAGGUUAAAGGGUUCAAUCAAGCGAACCAAAAGUCAGCCCAAACUGGAUCGGACCAGCAGCUUCCGGCAUAUCCUGCCCCGUUUCCGGAGUGCGGAUCAUGAUAGAACCCGUCUGAUGCAGAGCUUUAAGGAGUCGCACUCCCAUGAGUCGUUGUUGAGCCCCAGUAGCGCAGCGGAAGCGCUGGAGCUCAGCAUCGAUGAGGAUGCCAUCAUCAAGCCGGUGCACAGCAGCAUUCUGGGACAGGAGUUCUGCUUUGAGGUGACUACCCCAUCUGGCACAAAAUGUUUUGCCUGUAGGUCAGGGGCUGAACGAGACAAGUGGAUUGAGAAUUUGCAGCGGGCAGUGAAGCCAAACAAGGACAACAGCCGACGUGUCGACAAUGUCUUGAAGCUCUGGAUCAUCGAGGGCAAGGAUUUGCCACCCAAGAAGCGCUACUACUGUGAGCUGUGCCUGGAUGAGAUGCUAUACGCCCGGACAACCAGCAAGGUGAAGACGGACAACGUCUUCUGGGGGGAGCACUUCGAGUUCAACAACCUGCCGGCCGUGCGCAACAUCCGCAUCCACCUGUACAAGGACACGGACAAGAAGAAGAAGAAGGACAAGAGCAACUAUGUGGGGCUGGUCAACAUCCCCAUCAACAGCGUGGCCAGCCGCCAGUUUGUGGAGCAGUGGUACCCAGUCAGCCAGCCCAGCUCCAGCCGGGGAAAGGCCGGUGGCCCCACCAUCCGCAUCAAGUCCCGCUACCAGAGCAUGAACAUCCUGCCCAUGGAGCUGUACAAGGAGUUUGCCGAGUACGUCACCAACAACUACAAGAUGCUCUGCGCGGUGCUGGAGCCCGUGCUGGGUGUCAAGAACAAGGAGGAGGUGGCGUGUGCGCUGGUGCACAUCCUGCAGAGCACGGGCAAGGCAAAGGACUUCCUCUCUGACAUGGCGAUGACGGAGGUUGACCGUUUUAUCGACCGUGAGCAUUUAAUAUUUCGCGAGAACACGCUGGCGACCAAGGCGAUCGAAGAGUACUUAAAGUUGAUUGGUCAGAAAUACCUCAAGGACGCAAUUGGGGAGUUUAUCCGAGCACUUUAUGAAUCUGAAGAGAACUGCGAGGUAGACCCGGCUAAGUGCACCUUUUCCACUUUGGCUGAUCACCAGGCUAACCUGAGGAUGUGCUGCGAGCUGGCACUUUGCAAGAUCGUCAACUCCCAUUGCGUCUUUCCACGUGAGCUGAAGGAAGUUUUUGCCUCCUGGAGGCAUCGGUGUGCUGAACGUGGCAGAGAAGACAUCGCCGACCGUCUGAUCAGCGCCUCCUUGUUCCUCCGCUUCCUCUGCCCCGCCAUCAUGUCUCCCAGCCUCUUCAACCUGAUGCAGGAGUAUCCAGAUGACCGCACCUCUCGAACUUUGACCCUUAUAGCCAAAGUCAUUCAAAAUCUGGCCAACUUUACCAAGUUCGGCAGUAAGGAGGACUACAUGUCUUUCAUGAAUGAAUUUCUGGAGCUCGAGUGGGGUAGCAUGCAGCAGUUUCUGAUGGAGAUCUCCAAUCCGGACACAGUCACCAACGCAGCUAGCUUUGAGGGCUACAUCGACUUGGGCCGAGAACUCUCCACGCUGCACUCCCUCCUGUGGGAGGUUCUGCCUCAGCUCAGCAAGGAAGCUGUUCUGAAACUGGGUCCCCUCCCCCGCCUUCUCAAUGACAUAAGUGGGGCCUUGAGAAACCCAUCGCAUGUACAACGACAAUCCAGCCACAUAGCGGAACGCUACACUUCCGGGCCCAGCAUCAACCGUGGUGUUUCAUCUGACCUUCAGAAGUACACAGUUAAAGAUCUGAACAGCUCAAUCGAUAUGACUAGGCUACCUUCCCCGACCAAGGAAAAGGGAAAGGAUGUCUUUUAUGUGACAAGGCCUCCGCUUGCACGGUCCUCCCCGGCUUACUGCACAAGCAGCUCUGAUAUCACAGAACCCGACCCCAAAAUGAUGACCACAAACAAGAGCAUCUCCAUGAUGGAUCUGCAGGACAGCAGGAGUAUGAACAGCAUUAGCAACCUCCAGACUGUUGGGGACAUGCUAAAUAGCAGUCAGGCCUCGAUUGGAACUACAGUAGGCCUCAGGCCUAGCCGGCUGUCACAGGGGAGUGGAUCGAGCGUGUCAGGAGGGCUGCGGUUGGGGCAGAUGGGCAUCACCACGGAUGGAUUGCAUGGGCAGCUGCGAGUCCCUUUGUCCUUUCAGAAUCCCCUGUUCAACAUGACCUCGGAUGGGCCUGCUUCGCUACGGACUCCCGCCGAGCCUGGUGCCGGCCUCUUGGGUUACCAUGGUUACAGCAAGAGCGAGGACCUAUCUGCCAACAAGCAGAUCUUCCAUAGCCACAGCUAUAGCGAUGAGUUCGCCCGGCAGAACAGCGAGUUCAGCCGCCGGCAGCUCUCACUGACCGACAACCUUCAACACAUGCUGUCGGCACCCCCAGCCAACAUUGGUCCCCAGAGGAGGAUAGACCAGCCGCCGCCUGCUCCUCCACCCCUUGUCCGAGGGAAGACGCAGCAGCUGACGGUCAGCGCAGCCCAGCGACCUCGGCCUCCCAGCGCCAACCUGUUGCAGUCGCCUGCCGAGCCAACACACGGUCCCAAAGUGCGACAGCAGUCAAUCAUGGCCAAAGCGGACGCUCCAGCUCCAAAAUCUGGCAUCACCAAACAGGCCUCCCAUUCACCCUCGACUCUUCACCCCGUCACGCCUUCAGAGCGCACGGUCGCCUGGGUGACCAACAUGACUCACCUUUCUGCGGACAUCGAGAGCUCGCACCUGGAACGGGAAGAGUACAAAUUAAGGGAAUACUCCAAGUCGAUGGAUGAGAGCAGGCUUGACAAGGGGCAGCAGACUCAGUAUGAGGAGGAGAUUCUUUCCCUGAAGGAACGGCUACAGAUGUCGAACCGCAAGCUAGAGGAGUACGAGCGGCGGCUGAUGUCGCAGGAGGAGCAGACAGGGAAGAUCCUGCGAGAGUACCAGACCCGCCUGGAUGAGAGCGAGAGCCGUCUACGCCGGCAGCAGGAGGAGAAGGACAACCAGAUCAAAGGCAUUAUCAACAGGUUAAUGGUGGUGGAAGACGAAUUGAGGAAAGACCACGCCAACAUGCAGGAGGCCAUUGAUGCCAAGCAGCGGAUAAUCGACGUUCAGGAGAGGCAGCUCUCAACGAUGGGGGCCACCAACUCCCGGCUGAUGAGCACCCUGAGUCACAUGAAAGACCGGUGCAGCGAGACCCAGCUGAAUGGCGUGACAUCGUCGCACCCUCCGCCGCGCCUGCAGAUCACGGAGAAUGGCGAAUUCCGUAACGCCAGCGGCCACUGA